CCUGGCCCGUCGGGGACUAACAUGAGACACUGAGCGAUCAUGCUCGUGGCCGUCAUCGUGCUCCUGCUGCGCCAAGUCUCCGCCAACUGGAUGUACCUCGGCGUGGUGGGCGUGACGCCGACGCCGGGCCCGGCGCAGCCGUCUGCGGGGGAGGUGCAGGCGGACAGCCCGCUGACGGAGGCGCGCGCGCUCUGCUCGUCGCUGCCCGGGCUGGUGCAGCAGCAGGUGGCCGAGUGCGUGGACAAGCCGGGCGCCAUACACUCCGUGUCCGACGGCGCGCGCCGCGGUAUCCAGGAGUGCCAGUACCAGUUCCGCAACGAGCGCUGGAACUGCACCACCAAGAACGACGAGCAGAGCGUCUUUGGCAACAUCCUCAAGAGAGGUAGCAAGGAGACGGCGUUCAUCUACGCUGUGACGAGCGCGGGCGUGGUGCAUGCGGUCACGCAGUCGUGCAGCUCCGGCAACCUGACCGAGUGUAGCUGCGAUUCGUCGCGCCAGGGCCAACACACGCCCGAGGGCUGGAAGUGGGGCGGCUGCAGUGACAAUUUGCAGUUUGGUCUGAACUUUGCUCGGAGAUUUGUUGAUGCAGCAGAGAAGGUGAAGCCACCCACUACCAAAAAUAAAAGAGCAUGGAGCAUAAGAACAAAGAUGAACCUGCAUAACAAUGAAGCUGGAAGGCAGAUUGUUGCUUCUUUGAUGCGUAUGCAGUGCCGCUGUCAUGGAGUUUCUGGCUCUUGUGAGCUGAAGACUUGCUGGAAAACUAUGCCAUCAUUUAGUGAGAUUGGUGAUGCACUCAAGAGAAAAUAUCAUCAAGCUGUGCAGCAGGUGGCGACAAAGACAAGGAAGCGUCUUCGGCGUAAGAGCAAGACAAAACAGGGGUUGCCUGUCAGUAAAGGAGAUUUAGUCCACAUUCACAAAUCUCCAAAUUACUGUGUACAUAAUCCUGCAGAGGAUAUUCCUGGUACUUCAGGAAGAAUUUGUAAUAAGACUUCACAUGGUCCAGACAGUUGUGACCUCCUCUGCUGUGGCCGAGGCUACAAUACGCAGGUAAUCAAACAUGCAGAGAGAUGCCAGUGCAAAUUUGUAUGGUGCUGCUACGUUAAGUGCAAGACUUGUGAAACUCAAGUUGAUCGUCACACGUGCAAGUGAUUUUUGUGUCGGACAUGCAUUAAUGUGUGCCAACAUUUUUCCUACAAGUAUUUAUUCAUGUCAUUAACUUUCUCCUAUUGUAAAUAGCACAUAAAUGAUUUUAAUUUUCUUCAUCAGACUUUCUGUUGAAACUCGAAUACCAAAUGUAAUAUUAAAAUCGACAACAUUACAUUAUUUUAAGUAAAUAAUGUACAUGCAUUCAGUGUGCAUGCCAUCAUUUAAACUAUGACUGACUGUUAACAGCUCAUUUGUUAUCUUGAACUCAUCCUUGGUGUGUCACACACUGACUGUUCCUCCAGAAGUGCCACUUUAGCUUUGCUAUUUGUGCAAUACUCAGUUAAACAUUUAAUACUUUCACAAGAAUACAGUUUAUUCAAGAAGUUGAUUGUGUAGUACAAGUACCAGUAUUUGUUUAAGUUAUUUUGCUGUAUAGAUUUUGUUUAAGUGUAAAUAGAUACAUUAUUUUUAUUUUUUAUUAUUCCUAGUAUUAUUAUUUUGUUACCUGUGAAUUAUUGUUAUUUUCAUUUGAAGUCUGGGUAUCUCAACAACACAUCUUCAACUGUGAGCAAAGAUUUAUUUUGUAGGAAGUACUUGUUUAUCAGCAAUAAGUUGCUUACAGUUUUGUCAUAUGUUGAUAACUGCAACUAUAUGAUGUGAGCUGACCACAUUCUGUUUGCCAGUUAAAUUUUAUCAACCUAUUAUUCUUUACAAUGUUCACUUGAAGAAAAAAAGUGUAAAUUAGUUAUUAGCAGUGACUAAUAUAAGAAGGUGUUGUACUCAUUGACGUCCAUGUUGUCAUGUACACAGAAAUGGAACUUUCUUUUGCAUUCUUUGUGAUAAAUUUUCUCUCACAAGUAUUAAAAAUAUUAUUUUGGUAUAAAAUGGCUGCAUUUUAACUGGUGUGUAUGGCAUUGUAUGUUUAUUGCAAUAAGCCUGUGGAUUCUCUAUUUGUAACAGACAGGAAUUCUUGUAGUCUGAAGUGAUAGUAUUUACUGAACUGCACUAUCAGAAAUAGAAAUGUGUGCAGUGUUAUCACAGAGAUGCUGCCUGUUUGCAUCACAGGUUCAUGAAACCUCUUAGUUCAGUACUGGGUACUCUUUCUAAGGUAAUAGUUUUAUUUAUUUAUUAAUUUGUAACAUCUUGUGUACACUGAAGUCAUUAAGAUGCACAAAUUUAACUGGAAUGAGUGCAGAGAAGAAUUAGCUGUGACCUUGCUGGAAAAAAAUCUCAAAGUUGG